AUGCCUCAAAUAGCAAGUAGGAGGAUGAAAUUAGACUCUCAAACGCAGGCCACGCCAUCGUUCUACGCCCUUGACAAUCCAUGUUACGAUAAAGAUAAGUUGUGUUCUUCAUCAUGUGAGGUCGUGACCAUGAAAAAUGACGUGGUGUGCGAGUAUUGUUAUUGUAAAAACCCAGAAAAUAAGAGAAAACGCGACAAUCCAUUAGGAAACGUCGUUAUCUCUGGUCAUAAGUUAAAGCGAGAAAAUGGUAAAGAAUCAUACAAUAGGAAAACAAAGCGAUGUGUUCCGUUCUUCUGUCCUUUGUUCCGUUGCCCUCCUGGAAAAGUGUUUGAAAUAGGACCUGAAGGAUGCCAAAUAUGCCGAUGUAUUACAAAGCAACAGGCAGGAUGUGUUGCUAUUUUAGGGUCGAAACCUGAUCCUACCGAGCUGUUUUGUUUACCGAGCCCAGAAUACUGCCACAGUGACUGUCUGGUACACAAUAUUACAGUCGAUGAUUGGCAUUGUUUCUUCUGUCGCUGUCCACAAGGAGAAGUGUUUAUGGCCAUGUUAAAUCCUUGUAACCACAAGGUUCGUGUUUGUCCAUCAUACUGUACGAUCCGACAUUUAGAGGAUAUCAUUCUUGAAACCAUACGAUGUGAUUACUGCGACUGUAAGACAACAAAAAAGCAAGACCUAGAACGAGAAUCAAGAUUCGUACUCCAGGAUGAUUCUAAAGUUACAAAUAUUGCCAUAGCAUCAACCCUUCAUUGUCUUGAAUUACCAAGUGACUGUCCAUCGUACUGUCAUGCAUUCACAGUUCACAACAACGCCUGGAAAUGUCAUGUGUGUCUCUGUCACGGAGUUCUCAUCCCAAGAACAUUCAUCCAUCAUCUACAUUCAUCGUCAUUAACAUCAGGAAUUGCAUCGACAUCAAUCUUAACAUUACCAUAUUAUACGAAGCCACAUUCAUCGAAAACAGCAGAAAGUCACACAACCAGUGACGUACCAGUCACAACUGUUAACCGGUCGUCGCCCCUACCAACUAGUGAAGUACCAGUCACAACUGUUAACCGGUCGUCGCCCCUACCAACUAGUGAAGUACCAGUCACAACUGUUAAUCGGCCGACUACACUACCUUCUAGUGAAGUACCAGUCACAACUGUUAACCUAUCAUCUCAACUACCUUAUAGUGAAGUACCAGUCACAACUGUUAACCGGCCGUCUUCACUGCCUUCUACGGAAGUACCAGUAACAACUGUUAACCGCUCUUCUCCGCUACCUUCUAGUGAAGUACCAGUCACAACUGUUAACCGGUCUUCUCAACAACCUUCUAGUGAGGUACCAGUAACAACUGAUAAACGACCAUUGCCAUUACCUACUAGUAGCUCUACUUUGUACCCAAACAUUACUUAUAUCAACAACCCUACAACUAACGGUGGAACUAUUAGUUGUUUUAUAUGCAAUUCUAUAAAUUGUAAUGAUAGUGAAUUACAGUUAUGCGGUUCUGAUAAAAAGUAUUGUAUGAAUACCUUUACUGCUUACAAUAAUGGUACAAAAGAUGUAUCAAGAAGUUGUGUAUCUGAAGAUGAAUGCAAUAAGAAAUGGUGGUUAAAGACAGCAGACGAUCCGAUGUGUCUUACUUUACAAAAUGGCGAAUCUGUGGAACUAGCAGAUACCAAGGAGUGUGAUUUUUGUUGUACAGAAAAUGGCUGCAAUAAAAAUCUGAAAAUAGACGACCAUAUAUUUAUUGGAAAGGAAUAAACGAUAAUAUUUUGUUGUGUCCAGUUGUUAAAUAAAUUACAUAUUAUUAGUAUAAUUUGAUUUGAGUAAGGAGACAGACUCCAGGAAAUGAGGCGGUGUGCACCAACAUCAAACAAUUACAAAAACACAAUAAUUUCACACAAAAAGUUGUUUUUCUGUGUAAAUAAAAUUCAUAUAAAAAACAAAGCCAGUACAUGACGAUUAGCAGGUGCAUUUCCAGGAUUUGAUGUAAGAAGACGGCCCCUGAGAGAUAA